ACAGACUGAGGUGGUUUAUUUUGCUUUUACAGCCAGUCUAGUCAACGCAGUUAACAGCGCAGAGCUAAAAGGUUGCUAUGUGUUUAGUUGCUCACAAGUUAGCAUGGUUAGCAAAAUGUUGGUAAACAUGCGUUAGGAGGUUGGUGCUGCAGCAACUACACUCCUGUGAGAAGUCCUCAUGAGGUGAUGAUGCAUGUGUUACGCUGUCCUCUGAAGAGGACACUUAACGCUCUACAAUGGACAAGACUACGCUCCUUAUACUCCACCGAGCCUCACUCCCUUCAGGGCAACGCCACUCCAGAGACCCGCCUGAACCCCCUUAACAUUCAGAUGCUGUCGAAAAAUCUCCACGAGCAGAUCUUUCGAGGACUGGAGCCGGAGUACAGAGAGGAAGCUGUGGAGCAUAGCAUAAAGCACUUGCAAAAGCAUCAGCUCUGGGGAAAGGAUACUUCACUGUUGCCCGAUGUCGAGCUUAAACUUCCCCGCAUGUAUGGCAAAAACAUUGACGAGCACUUUCGUAUCUUGGCUGAGAAGCAGAGCCUUCCCUACCUUGAAGCUGCCACCAAGCUGCACCGAGCCGAUUUACCAGCCAUGCCUCAGGAAUGGAGCUACGAGGUUGGCUGGACACGCUAUGGGCCCAAUGGGAAGAGUCAGAAAGUUGAUUUCCCAGAUGAAUCUGCGCUGGUAUUUGAUGUGGAGGUGUGCAUGGCGGAGGGACAGUGUCCCACUCUGGCUGUUGCUGUGUCUCCCACAAACUGGUACUCAUGGUGCAGUAAGCGUCUGAUUGAAGAGCGAUACUCCUGGUCAGACCAGCUGACUCUUGCUGACCUCAUCCCACUGGAGACACCCUUCAACUCUGCCCGCCCACCCAGGGGUCAGUGGAAGGAGAGGCUCAUCGUGGGCCAUAAUGUCAGUUUUGACCGAUCUCAUAUUAAGGAGCAGUACCUACUAAAGGGUACAAAGGCUCGCUUCAUGGACACCAUGAGCCUUCACAUGGCCAUCUCAGGCCUGACGGGGUUCCAGCGCACACUGUGGAUGGCUAGUAAGAUGGGUAAAAAAAGAGGUCUUCAGGAGGUCAAGGAACACAUGAAGAAAGCUGGACGUAAAAAGGAGGGCCCAAUGAUCGGCUCCUGGGACUGGGUCAAUAUUAGCAGCAUCAACAAUCUGGCUGAUGUCCACGCUCUGUAUGUGGGAGGGCCGCCACUGGAGAAGGAAGCCAGAGAGACCUUUGUGAAGGGAACCAUGAUGGAUGUCAGGAACAGCUUUCAGGAGUUAAUGCAGUAUUGCGCCCUGGAUGUUCAGGCCACGCAUCAGGUGUUCACAGAGCAGCUGCCCCUCUUCAUGGAGAGGUGCCCUCAUCCAGUGACGUUUGCAGGGAUGCUUGAGAUGGGUGUGAGCUACCUUCCUGUCAAUCAAAACUGGGGGAGAUACCUGGAAGAUUCUCAGGACGUUUACGAAGAGCUCCAGAGAGAGAUGAAGAAGUCUCUGAUGAUUCUAGCGGAUGAUGCCUGCCAGCUAUUGCAGGAUGACAGAUACACAGAAGACCCCUGGCUUUGGGAUCUUGAGUGGGAUGUGCAGGAAUUCAAACAGAAGAAAGUAGCAGCCAGCAAAAAGAAAAACUCCAAAAAAGCAGCUGAAACACAAGCCGCUACUCCUUUGCCAGACUGGGAAGACGACCCAGGUCCACCUUCUGAAGAGGAGAUGGCCGGCCCUUGUCCCAGCAGGUUGGCUGUUGAGAAACUGAAGGAAACAGUGAACCGACUUCCUAAGAGAAGGCAACAUCUACCUGGACAUCCGGGUUGGUAUCGUAAGCUGUGUGAGAAGAUGUCUGCGGAGGACAGCUGGUCUCCUGGAGCCAGUCUGAUCAGUCUACAGAUGAGACUGACACCUAAGCUCAUGGGUCUGACGUGGGAUGGCUUCCCCCUGCAUUACACAGAGAAACAUGGCUGGGGCUAUCUGGUACCUGGACGCAGGGAUAACCUAAAUUCUCAGGAGGAAAACACCGGGCCUGUGUGCCCACACAGCCUGGUUGUGUUCCACAGAGCUAUCGAACGUGUUUACAGAGAGUAUUGUGAGCAGAACAGCAAAGAGAAGCCUGAAUAUCUGGACUCCGGCCCUUCAGAUGACCUCAUGUGGACAGACAGCACAGUGUGGGCAAAGGUGGAAGAAUUAAGUUCCCUGGAAAGUUUGACCGAGGAAAAUAGCAUCAGAAUGGUAAAAAAUGGGGAGCAGAAGAAAAAGUCCCAAGAUCCACAUCAUGUCCAAGCCAAGAGUCACUGCGAUUAUCACCAUGGAAACGGCCCCUACAAUGAUGUAGAUAUUCCAGGUUGCUGGUUUUUCAAAUUACCUCAUAAGGACGGCAACCACAACAAUGUCGGCAGUCCAUUUUCAAAAGACUUCCUGGCCAAGAUGGAGGAUGGCACUCUUAGAGCAGGAAGGGGUGGAACCAACGCAACACGAGCUCUGGAGAUCAACAAAAUGAUGUCCUUCUGGAGGAACGCCCAUAAACGUAUAAGCUCUCAGAUGGUGUUGUUUCUCAAAAAGGGGGAGCUUCCUCACGCUGUCAGCAGACACAAAGAGUUUGAUGAGGAGGGUCAGUACGGUGCCAUUUUACCUCAGGUCAUCACGGCUGGAACGGUGACAAGAAGGGCUGUGGAGCCAACAUGGCUGACUGCCAGUAAUGCACGGCGGGAUCGGGUAGGCAGUGAGCUGAAAGCCAUGGUGCAGGUACCCCCAGGAUAUCACCUGGUUGGAGCAGACGUAGACUCGCAAGAGUUAUGGAUCGCUGCAAUGCUCGGAGAGGCUCACUUCGCUGGCAUGCACGGUUGUACGGCAUUUGGCUGGAUGACCCUUCAGGGAAAGAAGAGUCAGGGCACUGACCUGCACAGCCGCACUGCUGAUGCUGUGGGCAUCAGCCGAGAGCACGCAAAGGUGUUCAACUAUGGACGCAUUUACGGAGCAGGACAGCCGUUUGCUGAGAGGUUGCUAAUGCAGUUCAACCACCGCCUCGAUCAGAAGGAAGCCAGCAGUAAGGCCAGGCAGAUGUACGCCUUAACAAAGGGUAUACGCAGAUAUCUUCUGUCAGAGGAGGGGGAGUGGCUGGUCAGUGAACUGGGCAUAGAUGUGGAGAGGGAGGAAAAUGGAGGCAUCUCCCUGCAGGAAUUGCGGCGGAUCAGUAAACUGGCCUCUCAGUGCUCUCGCCGGAAGAGGUGGGAUAUUGUCGGCAAACGUCUCUGGGCUGGAGGUACUGAGUCGGACAUGUUCAACAAGCUGGAGAGUAUAGCUCAUUCAGCAAAGCCGGCAACUCCUGUUCUCGGCUGCAGGAUUAGCAGAGCGCUGGAGCCCAAGGCGGUUAAAGAUGAGUUUAUCACCAGCAGAGUGAACUGGGUGGUCCAGAGCUCUGCAGUGGACUACCUGCAUCUGAUGUUGGUGGCCAUGAAGUGGCUCUUUGAGGAGCAUAACAUCGAUGGCCGUUUCUGCAUCAGCAUCCACGACGAGGUGCGGUAUCUCGUACGCAGCGACGACCGUUACAGAGCAUCGUUGGCACUUCAAAUCACAAACCUGCUCACGAGGAGCGUGUUCGCUCACGCGUUAGGCAUGCAGGACCUGCCCCAGUCGGUAGCUUUCUUCAGUGCAGUUGACAUCGACCAGUGUCUGAGGAAGGAAGUCAACAUGGACUGUGUGACUCCAUCCAACCCCACAGGUCUGGAACGAAGAUACGGCCUAGCACCUGGUGAAGCCUUGGACAUCUACCAAAUCAUUGACAUCACCAAAGGCUCUCUCUAUAAGUAAGACGGCACUUUGUGGGCUGCCGUUAUCCCAAACGGACAUUUAAACACACAGCUUCAAGGACGCUGUUCAUCGGUUGGUCGAGUGAAAACGUGAGGAAAGCAGCAAACGGAGGAGCCUAAUGUCAGCUCACUGUUUUCUCUUCUUCUGUUUGGGUUCUUGUGUCUCUUCUGUGUCCUGCGACUCUGUGGUCUGAGAAAAAUGGAGGAGCAGACACUAAGAAUUCACCCAGAGUGGUCAAAGGAGAAACAGCAAGUGAGCAUGAUGAAGUUUUCUAAAACUACGUUUAGGUUCCUUGUUUCAACUACAAGCACCACCAGGGGGAAACAUUUCAACAGUCUGGACACGGAGCAGCUUUUUUUAAAUGUGAUGCGUUAAACUGUAAGAAAAGAGGCAGUUGUGUUUGGUAAAGUGGUAUUUGUGAGAGCUGAGCUGACACUGACCUCCUGACUGGCAUCCUGCUCCUGCAGCGCUGCGUCCAGAGUAGCAGCAUUGAUGCGGAAAUCUCUGGAGGUGCUCAGCUUCAUGUACUGCAUCAGGUUUACCUGGACAAACAGACACAGAUGUCAAACACUGUAUCUGUGUUUAACUGACAACGCUGUACAGACGCUCUUCAAAAAGCUCUGUUUGUUAUGUAUUUCUAUAUAUAUUUUGUAAAUCAUCUCACCUUUGAUUUCUUUGUGAGCGUGAUGAGAUACUUCUCAUACUGUUCAAUGCUGAAGAUCAAGUUAGGGAUGGCCUUAGUCUCACGCAGGAGUUUUGCCUACCAAAUGGAAACACAGGUUUUGACUAUACAGGUUUGUUUAAAGUUCUCGGUUGUUUCCGUACAUUUAAAUAAAACAAAGAAACUGA